AUGCCAGGUUUCAAAUCAGCUGCGGCUAAUUUCAUCUCGCUUUUUCUACUCCAAGUUUGCGCUGCAUCGUCAGUCAUGCAUUCCCGCGAAUCCAAAUUCGAUGUGAUUCCACCUGGAUUUACGCUAAUUGGGACACCGUCUAACGAAGCGACCAUUGAUAUUCGGAUUGCACUCAAGGCAACGAACAAUGCGGGGCUCCAAUCAAAGCUCUACGAGAUCAGUACUCCUGGAAGCGCGUCUUACGGCCAAUAUUUGACUCAAGACCAGAUAAAGACAUAUGCCGCUCCACCAUCCGAUUCUGUAACAGCCGUUACCUCCUGGCUUGAGUCGCAGAACGUAUCAGCUACACCAACCGGCCCAUUUGGCGAAUACUUGUCCUUCUCGAUUUCAGUCGCAAAGGCAAACAAUCUCCUAAGUGCAGAGUACACCAAUUUCACCUAUAGCUCCCAUAGCAACUCCCAAGUAAUCCAGUCAUGGGGGUUGUACACAUCUGCUUAUAGCAUCCCCACCCACUUGUCAGAGCACAUUACUCUCGUUCAUCCCUCGACUGCAUUUGCUCCUCCUGUCAAUCGGAACGGGCGAACCAUUCUCUAUCCUAAAGCCUCUUCCCCCUCUCGCAGAGCUGUCAGUACCAAGCUCACAACUCGAGCCAAUACAGCACCUGCGUCGUGUGAAACAUUGGUUCCACCUUCAUGUUUACAGUCCUUGUACGGGAUCCCUAGCACAUCUGCGACUCAGUCUUCUAAUAGCCUCGGGGUGUCUGCCUUGCAAUCCAACUGGGCUCUGAAAUCGGAUUUGGAGACUUUUAUCACUGAAUACAGACCCGACAUGUCUCCCAAUACUUCUUUUACUGUUGUCAGUGUUGCGAACGGGACUGAUCCGCAAGAGACCGGUGAUGCGUCUUUCGAGGCUAGCCUUGACAUUCAAUACACAGUUGGCAUCGCCACCAACGUCGCCACCCAAUUCAUCGCGGUCGGCUUCAGCGGCGUUGAUUUCUUCACCAGUUUGACUGAUUUAGCGGAGUACCUCAUUACAGCGGAUGAUCCGCCACCAGUGGUCACGACUAGCUAUGGCAUUGCGGAGGGUUUUUUUACGCCCAGUGAUGCAGGACUGAUGGAACAAGUUUGUAACUCGCUCAUGCAAGCUAGCUCGCGUGGGAUUUCGUUAUUGGUUUCUUCUGGCGACGACGGUGCAGGUGGAUGUAUAGCAGGUGCCACCAACCUAACUUUAUUCACUGCGUUCCCUAGCGCAUGCCCCUAUGUCACCGCCGUUGGUUCUGUUACAAAAAUUAGUCCGGAGGUUGCUUCGAAUUUCAGUGGCGGCGGAUUCUCCAACUACUUCUCUAGACCCUCAUACCAAGAUUCUGCUGUCUCUUCAUAUUUCUCCUCUAUUGGCACAAUUAAUGAGGGCCUCUACAACUCUUCCGGACGCGCAGUACCUGAUAUCGCAGCCCAGGGUGAAAAUAUACCAAUAAUUUCUAACGGUCAAGAUGCGCUAGAAGAGGGCACUUCAGCUUCCAGCCCGAUUUUCGCCAGUGUAAUCAGUUUGGUGAAUGAUAGGUUGAUUGCGGAGGGCAAGCCGGUAUUGGGAUUUUUGAAUCCUUUCAUCUACUCCAACCCUCAAGCGUUCUUUGACAUAGUGGACGGGAGUACUCCGGGUCUUGUUCCUGCUGAUUGUCCCGGUACUUUAGGUUGGUCUGCUGUGGAAGGAUGGGACCCGGCUACUGGGUUUGGUACACCAAAUUUUGAUGCCAUUGUAGCUGCUGCUGGGCUCUAA